GACCCGCAGGCCGCCCCGCCGGCUCCCGGGAGGUUGAUAAAGCGGCGGCGGCGUUUGACGUCAGUGGGGAGUUAAUUUUAAAUCGGUACAAGAUGGCGGAGGGGGACGAGGCAGCGCGAAGGCAGCAGCCGCACCAGGGGCUGAGGCGCCGGCGGCGGACGAGCGACCCGAGCGUCGGCGUGAACCACGUCUCGUCCACCACCUCCCUAGGACUCUCAGAGUUGGAUUGGUGGAAACAAUGAGCCACUGACCGGCUUCACGUGGCGAGGUGGCUGUGAAAGAGAAACCACAGGCAUACAAGUCUGGAAUGAAGUCUUUGUGAUCGACAGACCUAAUGGAACGAAAGUGGCUGUGCUGCUAAUGGAUACCCAGGGUGCCUUUGAUAGCCAGUCAACCAUUAAAGACUGUGCGACAGUGUUUGCUCUGAGCACGAUGACUAGCUCUGUCCAGGUAUAUAAUUUAUCCCAGAAUAUUCAAGAAGAUGAUCUUCAACACUUACAAUUAUUUACAGAGUAUGGAAGACUUGCAAUGGAAGAGAUCUACCAGAAGCCAUUUCAGACGUUAAUGUUUCUGAUUCGAGAUUGGAGUUAUCCUUAUGAACACUCGUAUGGUUUGGAAGGUGGAAAACAAUUCCUUGAAAAAAGAUUGCAGGUAAAACAGAACCAGCAUGAAGAACUCCAGAAUGUCAGGAAGCACAUUCACAACUGUUUCUCCAAUCUGGGCUGCUUCCUUCUACCGCAUCCUGGUCUGAAAGUUGCAACGAAUCCUAGCUUUGAUGGACGGCUGAAAGAUAUCGAUGAAGACUUUAAACGGGAGCUUCGGAAUCUGGUCCCAUUGCUGCUUGCUCCUGAAAAUCUGGUUGAGAAAGAGAUAAGUGGCUCCAAAGUCACUUGUAGAGAUCUUGUAGAGUAUUUUAAGGCAUACAUUAAAAUAUAUCAAGGAGAGGAACUACCACAUCCAAAGUCUAUGCUUCAGGCAACAGCUGAGGCUAAUAACCUUGCUGCAGUAGCAGGAGCAAGAGACAUCUAUUGUAAAAGUAUGGAGCAGGUAUGUGGUGGUGAUAAGCCUUACAUCGCACCUUCGGAUCUGGAGCGAAAACACCUGGAUCUCAAGGAGGCGGCGCUGAAACAGUUCCGUUCUGUGAAGAAGAUGGGUGGAGAUGAGUUCUGCCGUCGCUACCAGGACCAGCUGGAAGCUGAGAUCGAAGACACCUAUGCAAAUUUUAUAAAGCACAAUGAUGGCAAAAAUAUCUUCUAUGCUGCUCGCACCCCCGCCACACUGUUUGCGGUCAUGUUUGCUAUGUACAUAAUCUCAGGACUGACCGGCUUCAUCGGCCUAAACUCGAUAGCCGUCCUAUGUAACCUCGUCAUGGGGCUGGCACUGACGUCCCUGUGCACGUGGGCGUAUGUUAAGUACUCUGGGGAGUUCAGAGAAAUCGGCACAAUGAUUGAUCAGAUUGCUGAAACACUCUGGGAACAGAGGAGUCCCAGGAAGGUGUUUUCCAAACUGUUUGAAGUUACUAGACGUCGAAUGGUCCACCGUGCUCUUUCUUCAGCACAGCGACAGAGACUGUCAUCCAACAAUAACAAGAAGAAAACUUAGACAGUAUUUUUAACUUUCUCUCUCUCUGAAGUGUUCACACUUAUACAUGUAGGACAAUAAGCAGGACCGUCUGGGCCGGUCUGCAUAAAUGCUGUAUACAUACCAGAUUUGAUGCUGCAUAGAGGGUAUGGAUUGCACAUCCGUCUCAUAGGAUUUGUAAAGGGUUUGAGUAAGAGGAAAGUAGUCAUUUUGUUGCAUUAUCAAAUAUCUAACUGCAUUGUUUGUAGCAUCAUAACUUUUUUUUUUUUUUUUUUUUUUUUUUUUUUUUUUUGGGAGAAGCAUCCUUUUAUUUCUCACAUUCCUGGUUAUUUUUGUCAUUGAUUUGAAUUGACUUUUUUAUAUCUGUUUUUAUAUGUACUCUUUUUUUACCUCAUGUUUUUGUUUGUUUUGCACAUUUCUCAUACCACAGGUAUUGAAGCCCCUGGGUGAUAAUUUGAUGGAGGAAAACAUAAGGCAGUCUGUAACAAACUCUAUCAAAGCAGGCCUGACUGACCAGGUGUCUCAUCAUGCCCGAUUAAAGACAGACUGACAGUUCAUCUCCUCAUGGACUCCACUCUCCCUUUUUUCAUGCUUGCUGUACAAUGAGAACUCAAAUACAAAUAAACCAAAGUUUACAAUCAACUGUAGAAGUAGGUUAGUAUGACUGGCUUCACAGAUGGCUGCCACAGAGUGUGAACAUGGUUGGUUGGUUUCCAGCCUUCUUCUGAUGUCUCCUUAGACCUGGAGAUGGCUGAGGAGCAUUAGUUUAUCAUGCACAUUUGUGCCAUGUUUAAUUCUUUUCUUUCUUUUUACGGAAUCUAAUGUUAGUGAAAUUUGUCUUAUGUAAAAGGAUAUUUCAGGGAAAUAUUUUAAGAAAUCUAUUUAGAGUCUCUUUAAUAUAGUGUCCCAUUGAAAUUUUAAUUUUUAGAGAAUUUAUGAAUCACUGUAUCAAGAAUCAGAUCAGAAUGACAAUGAAGCCUUUAUUGAGCCACUACAUUAAAAGUGUAUAUUGCUUUACUGCCUUCAAUGCCAGUAUUACAUAAAUGCAUGUAUCAGAAAUGUCACAGAAAUCACAUGACAACUCUUAUAGCUGAGAAGGUAAUUCUGAGGUGUACAUUUGUCUUGCCUUUUAAAAAGUUUGUAAACCUGCCCUGAAGGGAGAUGCAUAUCUGGGAAACUUAACUGUCUUUUUGCAGUUUAGCCUUCAUGUACAUAAAAUAUGCCGUUAAUUUUAUUGGGGGAGAAAUGCCAUCCAAAAAUGUUGCCUACAGCUAUGAGUUAAAAGAGUGUCUGUACAGUGUGUAGCUUUUAUUUUCUAAAAUUCACAGGUAGGGCAUGUAUAUGAAUUAUAAAUAUAUAAAUACAAUUUUGUAUUAAAAGUUUUGUAGUUUAUGGCAAAAUCUGGUUCUGUGGUAGGCUAGUAAGUACAGUCCCUGUGAAAGGGAUGUCUGUGGCUCAUGUCAGUGUGUGAAUGCAUAGACAAUUGGAAGUUUUGAUAUAUUUGUGAUAUUUAUCUUCCUUGAGCACUGCAAUCUCACCCCAAGGGAAUUCAAUGGGAAUGUUUUAUUGUGACUUGUCCUCUGUUGCAUUUUAAAGUUAUUUCCUGUAAUUUAUUUUCAGUACAUAAUUAAAAAUUUGUUGUAUAUAUAAAAUGAAACUUGUGAUUCUUUCUAUGGAAUUCCUCACCAUAUAACUUGUGUGUGUUCAUGCUGAAAAGAAUGUGGGUUAGGGUACACCCAAGUUAGAGCUCAAGGUGUUGACCUCAAAGCUAAGCUUGUAAGAGUCCUCCCCACCCCCCACCCCCCCACCCCCCCGUCUGUUUAUAUAAGAAUAUUUGUUGUAAGAGCCUGCCUGGGGAUUUAUUAAUUUUUCUUUUUCUCGCCCAUCUUUCUGUCCGUCCCCAUCUUGUGUGUGUGUGUGUGUGUGUGUGUGUGUGUGUGUGUGUGUGAGAGAGAGAGAGAGAGAGAGAGAGAGAGAGAGAGAGAGGUGUAAAGCUACCUUUUUUCAAGAUUUUUAUAUCCUCCGUACAAAGACCUAUUAAAGCACCCAUUUGAUUUUUAAGUAAGGAGAAUUUAAAUGUUGAGUUGCAUGCAUGAAAGUUUUGCUAACUUUACUUUGGUUGGUGUAUCUUGCCCUGACUCCCAUUCCAGUCCUGGUUUUAUGUGGAUGUUUGUUUCCAUCAGUAGUAACUGCUGCCCACUCAUCCCAUCCAUUCUUACACAAAAGAACCAUCUAACAAGGCUCUCUCUCUUCUCUGGCCACUUUGUUUUAUGAAUGCUGUAAAUUGUUUUUAUGAAUGAAAAAAUAAAAGUUUGUUGUAUGCUAGCAGUUGUUCUGAAAUUAAAAGCUUCCAUUUUUUAUUCUUUUAAAGUGAAGUCUAGACCAUUGGACUCCAUAGUAUUUCUUGCUAAAACCAGUGUUUUCCCUCAAGAAUUCUCUUCAGGACUCCAAGCAAGCACUUGAGUUUCACCUGGAAGGCUCUGGACAUUGUUAAGCAAGAAGCAGUGAAAACACAAAAGAUGGAUUAAGACAAAACAUUGAAAUAACAACUUCAGUAUUGGUGCAUUUUCUGUGGUACAUUUUUUCCGAGUGUUACAAAAUAGGCUUUUUUUUUUUUUUAAUUUAAUUUAAAAGAUGGUUUUUCUCAGUGACCUGAUUUAUCUUUUUAAGACACACAUCUUUUGUGAAAGGAACAACCAUUUGGGACUCUGCUGUUGAGUAUGUCUUAUUUUUCAUGAAUAUAGAUUGCUAGUCAUUCUUGUUUCUAUAAAACAUUUGUAAAAUUAAAUAGUGCUAUUUCA